CCAGAAUUUAUGAUAGUUCGAUUAGAACCUGAAAUAGUUCAAAUUGACUUCACAAUAAUCAGUGUUUUAUAAAUAAUUAUAAAUUAUUCUACAACAAAUUCACUAUCAAAUUGUUACUUUCCACCAAAAUAUAUCAGAAGCAAGCCCAGGAAGUAUUUUGGAAUCUAGUAGAGGUUAUGUCGUAGUUUCCAGAAAUGGCAAGAAAUUUGUGUCACUUUUUGAAAACCGACGGUUUUGACCCCUUGAAGCGUCUUUUCCCAUCAUUGAGGUUAUAUUCAGCAAACCCCAUGAAAAAAACAGAAAAUGUGGCCCCCGUGUACACCAAGAGAGACAAUGAGUUUAAAAUGACCAAGAAAGGAACUAUUUCCACUUUGGAGCAACUGUUACAACUUAAAAAAUUUGAUGCUUCUAAUAUUGUGAUGGAUAAUAAUUGUUUCAAAUAUGUUUCUAAAGCGACUCUAAAAGGCAAUUAUACAGUUUUUAAACAGAAAGGAAUAACACAAGAGACUUUAUUCAAGUAUCCGGAAAUAUUAACAGUGUUAGAAACGGAGCAAAAAUUACAGAUUAUUGAAAAGUUAAAGUACGAUAUAAACGAAGUAGCAAUUCUUUUAUUACUAAAUGUACCAAGUCUUGAACAAGUAGAGAAAAACGAAGAAAAUCCAGAAGUGGGAAUAAUCGCGACUCUAUCCUCACUUUUACAAAUAGAUUAUCAGAAAGCCUGUGAAUACAUAGUAAAUAAACCAUUCUUGUGCUUCCUCUCAACCGAAAAAAUCAAAACAAAAAUAAAGAUUCUAACCAGUUAUGGUAUACCAUUAGAGGAAAUAUGUAAUGACUUGUGGGUACUAAGAUACAGAGAGCAGUUAAUAGAAGAACGUUUAAGUAGAGCCAAGGAAUACAACAUAGGAGUUGCAAAAACCUGGAUGGUAAGAGCCAAACAGGAAGUGUUCCAGACCUACAUUCAGCGACGUUCAGAUAAUAAAUCGAUUUUGGGCAACAGCUCCCUCGCCGAGUACUUAUCAGAACGUCUAGAGUGCAGUGUUGAAAUCGCAAAUUACAUGAUAACAAAACAACCAGCCCUCCAAAAUAAGAGUUUGAAAAAACUGAAAGAACUCAUAGACUUGUUGUAUGCUGAAGGUUUCCAACCCCAACAGAUAAUCAGAGUGCCCAAAAUCCUGGUCCACAGUGUGGAAACAACAAGGAAAAGACUGCAACAACUGACUGAAAAAGGCAUUAAAAUCGACACUUUAUCUCUCUUGACUAAAAGCCAAAACCAAUUCAUGCAGUAUUACGAGGCUUUACUCAAGAAUAAAAAUAAAUCGAAAAUAAAAACGAGCUAAUUACUGAAUCGCUUUGGAUUUAAUUUUACUUGAUUGGUUAUUAAAAUAAGUUAAUAGUAUGACUGCGGCGAGUCUGGCUUGGAGGUCUUGUUGGUUCAAGUCGUGAGCCCACUCGACUCUUCCCCAGUGGCCUGUUUGGUACUCCUCUUCCAGGCGAGAUAAAAGGACUGCUUUUUCAGGAGUUAGGAAGUGUUCCACACACGCUAGCGUCAAUAUUACUGAUUUUAAAGUGUCCACUCCGUACAUAAAUCCGCAAAUUGUAGCAAAAUUGUGCGAUAACAAGUGUUUGCUUAAAGUCGCUUUGUCUUUUUCACUAGCUGGGGGGGCGUCCAUUUGUUGCGAUUUUUUUAUAUUGACUUCGAAGCGUUUAUUGAACCAAUCUAUGACAGGGUCCCAUUCUUUCUCUUGCAAUUCAAGCAAAUCUUUCUCUUCCUAGAGAAAAUAAAGAAUUAAAAGUGCCCUAGCGAUUAUUUUACUCACAUCGGCUUGAAAUAAAAUCGUGUCAGUGUCCAAAUAGUUUGUGAUGUGGUUAACCAUGUCAUAUUUUGUUAAAUUAUUUGGAUUAUCAAUGACUGUGUUACAUAAUGUAGUCUGGAAAUUGAAAAUUUGGUUAUUUUGAAUUAAAAUAAGUACGUCAAGGGGGCGCAUACAAGGUGCAUUUUACUCUGAAUAAUGUUCUCCUUUUGUGAAUUCCAUUCUGUAGCUACUGCGAUAGCCAAGGGCUCACUUUCAACGCUAAAUAAAUUUC